AUAAACAUUUGAAAAUUAUAUGCAACCCUGGCAUUAUUGAAGCCUACACUUUGGCAAAUGUUUAUUGCAAGCUUCAAAUAUACGCGCGUGGGGAGGAAAUCUUAAGAACAUAAGUUUUUUGCCUGUUAGGAAAGAAAUACCCACCUGUUUGCUUAGCGGUCACAUUAUGUUAUUUGUCUGUUUGUAGAAAGUCACGGGAAAUUAAGCAGCACUAUGAACAAUAGCUCAGCUGAACCCAUCAUUACAGUAACAUUGGAAUCCUCAGACAUGGAUUCACCAGUGGCGAACUUGAUGCCGAAACUAGAAGUUUACUUGGAAAUGGUGUUAAUAUGCCUGCCGUACACAAGUCCAUAACGUCCUCAAAGAACUUCUGGAUGGAGCUACCCCAAAUGAUAGUCGUUGAAACUCGUUUUAUAACACAGCAGAUAGCAACGCAACGCAAAAUAUAUUCAGCACAAACUUUGUUACCGAUAACUGAUGAACAAAGUGAACUUAAUAACCGAAAUAUGUCUUUCCCAAUUGCUACGCAAACGUCACCUCCACCAAAAUUGGAAGACGCAGCUUCUAUGAUUAAGCCAGAUUUAGUUGAUGCAUUCGUUUCAACCGAUAGUCCUUACCCUUGUCGUGAUCGAGCACAGCAAACUAUGAAGGCUUCGAAACAAAUGACAGCAAUAGGUAUUCAAUGCAAUCUAGACGACGACCUGGCAUUUGUAAGAAUGUGUCGGAGUAAUGAAGAAUCCAUAGAGAAGAAAACUGACGUAAAACAAGAGUUUUUAAGAUUUACCAGAGAAAAGUCCAUAUUUUACUUAAACGGCAAGAGGGAGUGUAUGGUGUGUGGACAGGUAGAAAAAAAUACGGAACGAAUGCUAAAACAUUUGGCUCUGCAUUACGGGCCACCUGUUCUGUGUCAUUUGUGUGGUUUGCAAUUUGAACAUCAAACUUUAAUGCUAUCCCACGAUUGCGAAAUGAAGGAGCGGAGAAGUAAAAGGCGACGUAGAAAAAAUCAGCAAUGCCCCAUUUUCUGGUGUGGCUCAAUGCAUAGGUCAAUUGACGCACUGAAUGAUCAUAUAGGUAAACAUCUACGACAACAACGCAGGCGUGCUUGUGUAACUUUCACACUUGACCGCACAGUAGUGCUUAAAAGGCCUUUGAGAUCAAAAUCAAAUUAUUUACAUCGUUGUAAUAUUUGUUUGCGGCGUUGUAAAAACGCUGGCAAAUUUGCCAAACAUCGAAAAAGGUGCGUCAGUAGUUUCAUGGCACAAUUGAAGGAACAGCAGGACAUUGCGCACAUACUCAUACUAUGCAAAAAUUAAAUGGCGAGAGAAUUAUGAAGUAAACCUUCAAACUAAAAAUGACUUAUUGGAUUUAAAAAUGAAUUUGCCAUCGAAUAAUCAAUAUGAUAAACAUGAAUUCAUGAACUCUGUGGUCAAGCAGUCCCAACAUUUUCCAAAUCAAAAAGAUGUAUUAAA